GAGGGGUGAGUGGAGCUGGGUGGUGCCUGUUAGGGUCGCUGAGGAGGAAGGCACGAGGACAAAAGUGCUGCACUGGAAUUUGGAGUUUGACCUGCAAGAAGAUUCUCGCUGGCAGGAGGGAGGCCACCACUGCCCUCCCAGCUCUGGCUGCAGGGAGAAGCCGGUCCCCUCCUCACUGCGCCCUGCCUUCUCCUGCCUCUGAAACCACCGCCAGACCCCAGGGCAGGGGGCCCGCACCCAGAGGAAGGAUGCAAAGUGUGUUCAGCACCAUGGAGAGCGGCCCCGGCAGCCCGAGGCCCACACCGCCGGACCCCCUGGAGGCCUUUCCCCAGAGGAGCCUGGAGGCAGGUGACAUCGCGGUGCUGGCCCUGUACUUCCUCUUCGUCCUGGCCGUGGGACUGUGGUCCACAGUGAAGACCAAAAGAGACACCGUGAAAGGCUACUUCCUCGCCGGAGGGGACAUGAUGUGGUGGCCUGUGGGUGCGUCCUUGUUUGCCAGCAACAUAGGAAGUGGACAUUUCGUGGGCCUGGCAGGGUCGGGCGCUGCGGUGGGCAUUUCUGUAGCUGCUUAUGAGUUUAGUGGCAUAUUCUCCGUGCUGACGCUCGCCUGGGUCUUCCUCCCCAUCUACAUUGCAGGCCAGGUCACCACGAUGCCCGAAUACCUCCGGAAACGCUUCGGCGGCAACAGGAUCCCCACCCUCCUGGCUGCGCUCUACCUGUUUAUCUACAUCUUCACCAAGAUCUCGGUGGACAUGUAUGCAGGUGCUAUCUUUAUUCAGCAGUCUUUGAAACUGGAUCUGUACUUGGCCAUAGUUGGGCUGUUGGCCAUCACAGCUCUAUACACUAUUGCAGGUGGCCUGGCCGCUGUCAUCUACACGGAUGCUCUGCAGACUGUGAUCAUGCUCAUAGGAGCAUUCACCCUGAUGGGCUACAGUUUUGCUGCGGUCGGAGGGCUGGACGGCCUGGUGGAGAAGUACUUCCUGGCCCUGGCCACCAACCGGACUGAGAACAGCAGCUGCGGGCUGCCCCGGGAGGACGCCUUCCAUAUCUUCCGAGACCCGCUGACCUCCGACCUCCCGUGGCCCGGGAUCCUGAUCGGAAUGACCAUGCCGUCCCUCUGGUACUGGUGCACGGACCAGGUGAUCGUUCAGCGGAGCCUGGCGGCCAAGAACCUGUCCCACGCCAAAGCGGGCUCCCUGAUGGCCGCCUACCUGAAGGUGCUGCCCCUCUUCCUCAUGGUCUUCCCCGGCAUGGUCAGCCGCGUCCUCUUCCCAGAUCAAGUGGCCUGUGCCGAGCCCGAGAUCUGCCAGAAGGUGUGCGGCAACCCCUCGGGCUGUUCUGACAUCGCAUACCCCAAACUCGUGCUGGAACUCCUGCCCACAGGGCUCCGAGGGCUCAUGAUUGCUGUGAUGGUGGCCGCGCUCAUGUCCUCCCUCACCUCCAUCUUUAACAGUGCCAGCACCAUCUUCACCAUGGACCUCUGGAACCACCUGCGGCCUCGGGCGUCUGAGAGGGAGCUCAUGAUUGUGGGCAGGGUGUUUGUGUUGCUUCUGGUGUUGGUCUCCAUCCUCUGGAUCCCCGUGAUCCAGGCCAGCCAGGGCGGGCAGCUCUUCAUCUACAUCCAGUCCAUCAGCUCCUACCUGCAGCCGCCUGUGGCUGUGGUCUUCAUCAUGGGGUGUUUCUGGAAGCGGAGCACGGAGAAGGGCGCCUUCGCGGGUCUGAUCGUGGGCCUCCUCCUGGGCUUGAUCCGGCUGAUCCUGGACUUCAUCUACACGCAGCCGCAGUGUCACCAGCCGGAUGAGCGCCCCGCGGUGGUCAAGGACGUGCACUACCUCUACUUCUCCACGAUUCUGUCUGCGGUCACCCUGGUCACCAUGUCCGCCGUGAGCUGGCUCACAGAGCCUCCCCCCACGGAGCGGGUCAGCCGCCUGACCUGGUUCACUCGCCAUGAUCCCGUGGUCCACAAGGCACAGGUGCCAGCAGCCACUCCGCCACCCGCCACCCUCCCUGCGGAGGGGAGGGCCCUGCUGUGGCUGUGUGGCAUGGACGACAAGGGCCCGGCAGAGCCCCGGAGCAGCGUGGAGCCCGCCAUCGCGUCCCUGGAAGAGCGCCCCCUGGUGAAGGGCCUCCUGGACAUCAACCUCGUCCUCUGCAUGGGCUGCGGCGUCUUCCUCUGGGGCUACUUUGCUUAGUGCAGACGGAACAGGCCCCGGCCCUCACCUCGUUGCCAAUGCCCUUUAAUGAAGGGAAUAAAGCUUGUGUGUCUACCAGGAGGCGUCAAGGCUGUUUGGGGGCCAUUUUCAACAGGACAUUUAGCUUUUCUUCUAAAGAGGCAUGAAGGUUGGGAGCUGGAAACCGGAGAGCAGUGUAGAAGCUUCCUUGUCUCCAAAAGCUGGUUGUUCCCUCUUCCUGCCCACGUGGGACAGCAACGGCCAAAUCCGCAGGAGACCUCU